ACGGCGGAGCUCGAGGACAGGAAGUGAUGUAUCGCCUGGUGCUGUUGGUUGUGUUGCUGGUCAUCAGUGCCAACGCAGAUGAAGAGGCUGAUAAAGAGGGCACCGCUUCACUGGCAAAAGGAUGGGGAAACGCCAUCACCUGGGAGAAGACCUACGGGGAGGCGCUGAGGAAGAUGGUGGAAAGUAAAAAGCCACUGAUGGUCAUUCAUCACCUGGAGGAGUGUGAGCACAGCAAAGCUCUGAAAAAGGUGUUUGCAGAUGACAGUACCAUCCAGAAAAUGGCCAAAGACGACUUCAUCAUGCUGAACAUUGUGGAAGAAACUACGGACAAGAACAUGGCGCCAGAUGGGUAUUACGUUCCCAGAAUCCUCUUUGUGGAUCCUUCCCUGACGGUGCGCACGGACAUUAUGGGGCGAUACUCCAACGCCCACUACGUCUACGAGCCCUUGGACCUGAAACUCUUGGCUGAAAACAUGAAGAAAGCCAAACUCCUGAUACACGAGGAGCUCUGACACAACUGAACUUAACCUUCUGUGUGGUCCUGACUCACCUGGGAUCUGGUUCUAGAGU